UCUUUAUAUGAGGCAUCUUAGUUGUUAUCCGUGUUGCUAAAUCUCCCACUCCAAAAGCUUUCAAUCUUUGCCAUCUCCACCGCCACCUGAAAUCAUGACAGAAGAAUACUGCCCCCACCACCAGGACGGACACCAACUAGUGAAGCGCAUAGCGAUAGCCAUUGUCGGGUUAUUGAUAGUUUGCGCCAUAGUAGUCCUCCUGGUAUGGGCAAUUCUCCACCCUUCCAAGCCCAGAUUCCUCCUCCAAGACGUCACCAUCUUUGCUUUCAACCUUAGUACUGCCCCACACUUGCUCACUUCCAACCUCCAAAUCACUUUAGCUGCAAGGAACCCAAAUAGCAGGAUCGGCAUUUUCUACCGCAAACUCGAUAUCUUCGCAUCCUAUCGUAACCAGCAGAUAACUUUACCCACACUCCUACCCACAACCUACCAGGGCCAUCGAGACUUCACCAUUUGGUCCCCAUUCUUGUACGGUAACGAUGUGCCGGUGGCUCCAUUUCUUCAGGCUGGGUUGAGCGCUGACAUGAAUGGUGGGUUGGUGAUGCUCGACAUCAAGGUUUUCGGCCAUUUAAAAUGGAAAGUUGGGUCCUGGAUUUCGCGUCGCUAUCAAAUUAACGUCCACUGUCCUGCUUAUAUUUCGUUUAGUGAUCGAAUCAAGGGCUUCCAAGUUGGUUCUGCUAUGAAGUAUCAACUUCUCCAAACUUGCAGAGUUGAUAUUUCUCUUUAACAGAUCCUUCUUUAUUCCUUUUUUUGUCACGACUUGACCCAACCUACUAGGCCACAUUAUGGAUAUAAUCCCAAAUUGUUCUUUUCUGAACACUUACGAAUCACUCAAGUUUUUGCCACCUUCUCUUUAUAUUUGAGAAUGCAGGUUGAAAUCUUGAAAGACCUAGUUUCGAAUUAUGCACCCACAACAAGCCUCAGCAAACCGAGUCAAGUCAUGAUACAUUAUUGUGAAAUUCUAGAGUUGUAUGCAUGUCGUUGGAA